UGAACAGCUAACUACAAGAAACGUCGCCUUCGUUGUCAACUUCACUUUUCACAGUAGCUAGCACCCUAUUUGAGCUUUGAUAAAUGUUUAGCACAUAAAGGACAGCGCAGACGCAUUAUCAUUAUUGCCAAAGCAAGAUGUCAGGGAAAAGUCACAGCGACGAAUCUGGAGUUAUACGAAGUCUCAUACAGUUCCGAGAGAAGUACUUCAAUGCAAGGAAAAACGUCAAUGAUCAGGCGCAUGCAGCAGAAGUCAUCAGUGAAGAUGCACCGCCGGGCUUUUUGGACUGUUUACCCGUGGACCUACAGUUCCUGAUCAUGACCCUGCUGUCUCCUGUGGACCUCUGUCGUCUGGGGGCCACUAGUAGCUACUGGAGGGCUAUGGUCAGAGACCCCUUACUAUGGAGAUACUUUCUGGUCAGGGACAUGCCUAAAUGGCCCUCCAUCAACCAUGUGACCAUGCCCCGGUUAGAGGCCUUACAUACCCCUCUGUGUGUGGGGGAGAAGGAGAUGGAGGAGCCAGGUCAUGACUUCAUGACAGAUUAUCUAAAGGGCUACCCAGCCUGCAGACAGCAAUGGUUUCCCCAGAGGCCGCCAUACAGCAUUGUGACCUCCUUCCUCCAGUCGCUAGUGGCCACCACCACUGAGCCGCGCUACGCCAUGUUUGGCCCCGGCAUGGAACAGCUGGAUGUCUCCAUGGUGACCAGGCUCAUGCACACCCCAGAUGUGCUCCCUGUAGCAGGGAUACCCCAGAGACAGAUCAACGGUGGGUUACCCACUGUCCUCUCUGAUCCAUCCUUUUACAGGGUGAACCUCCUCGAGACUUUCUGUUGCAGGCGAAAGCAAAAUAGACACAGUUACAAUAAACAUCCACCAUAUUGGUCUUACCUGAAUUGUAUUUGCUUACAAUAAUCUCAACAGCUGAAUGCUGAAUAGGUAAGUUAGGUACAGUACAUGGCGAACCGUAGUAAAACCAUCCUGCACUAGUACUGACCAACCAGAAGCAGUUGCCAAGUUCUGUGCUGUGGUGGGCGGCCCACCUAAAGCCUUUGUUUUUUUUGGGGGGGGGGCUCACCAACUAAACAAAACCAAUGUUGUUUUUUCCAGGUAUUGGAUCUGGGAUUAGUUACAUGUACAAAAACCAGCACAAAUUCAACAUUCUGACUCUCUACUCAACCAACAGGGCAGAGAGGGAGAGAGCCCGCAUGGAGCAGCAGAGUGUCAGCAACAAACUCUUCAUCCAGGAGGGAACGGACCAAUCAGGACACCCACAUUUUAGCCCCACCCCUCAGGUCCAGGCAGUGUGUCAGGCGGUGGAUGGGUUCAUCUAUGUGGCCAACGCAGAGCCAGGAAGAGGUGAUGAGGUGGAGUGGGCUCAGAUCCAGGCGUUGGUGGACCCUGCCUUAGGCUCAUCCUCCAGACCCCUCCUGGUCCUGUCCUGUGUGUCCAGAGAGGAACCAGACCAGAUCAGAACCACCAGCUCCAGUAGUACCAGAACCCCCUGUGUGGAUAUGGCUCAGAGACUCUGCCUGCCCAUGCUGCCCAACCCCUGGAUGGUGAGUCAGUCUGUCUUGUCUUGUCUGUGUGAAAUACCCUUUAUAUUUGGCCAUGUCUCUUUCCAGGUUCAGGACACAGUAGCAGAGUCUCUGUCUGGUGUCUUAGAUGGGAUAUCCUGGCUGCUGGGGUGUUCUGGUCUCAGGCUGUAACUAUCUGUCCAAGGAAAAACCUUCAGGACCGAAACAACACACUAAAGAACCGACACAAAUGCUUCUGAAGGAAUGUUUUCCCUCUGAUGUGCCUUGUUUCAAUGAAUUACAUUAAAAAAAGUUAUUAUUGGGUAAAUAGUGUAUUUUUUUGUUGUUGCCAAUAGUGGGUUGUACACAAAUAAAACACAAGUUUUAACUGUAGCUAUGGUACUGUAAUUAAUAUUACGAAGGUGAAUGAAUGGUUUUGAUAUUACUACUACUGUGUACUUUAGAAUCAUAUUGAUAUGGCAAUUAUAUUUUUUUGAUACUUUUUAUUUAGGGAAAUCAUGCAAUUAUUCAUCUAUUUCUUUCAUAUAAUUUAUGCAAUUUUAUACAAUGAAAUGUGCAUUUUUAUUUUCUUUAAUUGUUCAUAUUGUUAUUUACCCCUCUAUAAGUUGUUAUAAAGGAACUGAAAAUACAUACAUGUGUAUGUACCUCA